ACACGGCGCAUCAUUCUGGGAUUGAUGACCCUAGGCCCAGACCCCACCCACGGUGCUCGCAUCACGAGUCUGGAGGAAUUCAACCGGUGCCUGGACCAUUUUCAAGAAAAAGGCUACGAUGAGGUGGACACUGCUCGACUUUAUGAUGGUGGUCGGCAGGAAGCAUUCACCCGCCAGGCAGGGUGGAAGGAGCGAGGUCUGUCGAUGGCAACCAAGUGGGCCCCACUCGCAGUAGGCGCCCACCGCGCAGAGGUUCUGGAGGAGAAGCUGAACGAGUCCCUACGCGAGCUGGGGACGGACCACGUGGACAUCUUCUAUCUUCAUGCGGCGGAUCGCACCACCCCCUUUGCAGAGACAUUCGAAACACUCGACAGACUCUACCGACAGGGCAAGUUCAAGCAGCUGGGACUAAGCAACUUCUCCGCUUUUGAGGUUGCCGAAGUCGUAACUCUGUGCAAUGAACGCGGCUGGGUGCGACCCACGAUCUACCAGGCAAUCUACAAUGCGCUAACGCGUGGAAUUGAGGAUGAGCUCAUCCCCUGCUGCCGCCGCUGGGGCAUCGACGUGGUCGUGUUCAACCCCUUGGCAGGCGGGUUCUUAUCAGGCAAAUAUAAGACGACUGAGCAUCCCGCAGACGGAAGAUUUAGUAAU